GUCUCUCUCCAUGGUGCUGAAUCUGACCACGUGACCCUGGAGUUUUGCCCGGCGGCUGUUUCCGCCCCUCUAUUAUUAUAAUUUUUUAAAGCUUUUGCCCUCUUUCUUUGAAACGGAGACAAACAAAACAGCUUCGGCUGCGGUUUUAAUGAAAGCUGGGAACAAUACGGGCGGCUGCGUGGCUGCUCACUGAGGCCCGCGUGGGUCGCUUCCUCAUCGCCAUUUUUCUCCAGACCGCUCGCGGUGAUCAUGGACACCGACUAUUCGUCCGGGCUGGAGAAUCCUCUGUACAGGGAGCUGAAGUACUUCUGCAGGAAAAUACAGGAGGCCUACACCGAGCUAAAGGAUGAUUUGACGCCUUACCACGAUGAUCGCUUUUAUAGGUUGGCUCCAAUGCGGCUCUACACCUUGUCGAAAAGGCAUUUUGUUCUGGUGUUUGUGGUGUUCCUGAUCUGCUUUGGCCUCACUGUCUUCAUUGGGAUUGCGGGCCCAAGGAUAAUAGAAGAACAGGAGAACAAUGGGGAUCAACUGGUUAGAAAAAACAGCUCUGUCAAGACGGGACCCUUCAAUCUACUUUCUCCUCCUCUCACCACCUACAACCAGCAGCUGUGGCUCACCUGUGUGAUGGAGGCGGAAAAGGGCAACAUGGGAGCCUUCCAGCAGCCCUUUGAGAUUAACGUGGAGCUUAAAGGAGUGAUGCAGGACGCCAGUGUGAUGCACAUCAAUCCUGUGCACCAGAAACCCCGAAUGCUGCACUGUGGGGCCAAGUGUGAUGAGAUCAUUGUGCUUCAUCUGGGUUACUUGAACUACACCCAAUACAAGGUGGUGGUCAGCUUUAAAGGCCUGGAGAACAUCACAUAUGAGAUAAAAGUGAAGUUUUUGUGGAAAAUGUAUAACCCCACCUUCUCUCAAGUGGAAAUCUGGUUCCGCUUCGUCUUUGUGGUUUUGACCUUCAUGGUUACGUGCAUGUUUGCUCAUUCCUUGAGAAAAUUCUCCAUGAGAGACUGGGGCAUUGAGCAGAAAUGGAUGUCUAUUCUGCUGCCUUUGCUUCUCCUCUAUAAUGAUCCGUUCUUCCCGCUCUCCUUCCUGGUGAACAGCUGGUUUCCCGGGACCCUGGAUGCCUUUUUUCAGGCUCUCUUCCUGUGCUCUCUUUUACUCUUCUGGCUCUGCGUGUACCACGGCAUAAGGGUUCAGGGUGAAAGAAGAUUCCUCACUUUUUACCUGCCCAAACUGAUCAUCGUGGGGCUUCUGUGGCUCUCGGCGGUUACCCUCGGCAUCUGGCAAACGGUUAAUGAACUUCAAGAUCCCACCUAUUCUUACAAAAUCGAUAUUGCAAACUUUCAGGGCAUGAAAGUCUUCUUCCUCAUUGUUGUUGCCCUCUACAUCCUCUACCUGAUAUUCUUGAUCGUCAGAGCUUGUUCUGAACUGAAGAACUUGCCGUACUCAGAUCUUCGACUGAAGUUCUUGACAGCGCUGACAUUUGUGGUCCUUGUUAUAAGUAUGGUCAUCCUCUACCUGAGGUUUGGUGCCAAGGCUCUUCAGGAAAAUUUUGUGGCUGAAUUAUCUACUCAUUAUCAAAAUUCAGCGGAAUUUUUAUCCUUCUAUGGUUUGCUCAACUUUUACUUGUACACAUUAGCAUUUGUGUAUUCUCCCUCCAAAAAUGCUCUUUAUGACUCUCAGCUAAAGGAUAAUCCAGCUUUCUCCAUGCUGAACGACUCAGAUGACGAAGUUAUUUAUGGGAGCGAUUAUGAAGAUAUGCCUCUGCAAAACGGCCGUGCCGUCAAAGCAACUGCAAAGUACCAGGAUGGGAGCGACAGUGACUGAUGCAGCCGGCACCUCAAUCAUCUUCUGUCUUAGUCGGAAACUAUGAGGAUUUCUUGUGACAGCAGUGCAGGAUGCACACAAGAUGCAUGUGCAGAAAUAACAUGAAAUCAUAUACUGUAAGUGUAGAUAAACAUGUUGUUUUUUUGUUUUUAAAAAGAAAGGGUUGAUCACAUCUCUACUGAAUGUACUGCACAUUGAAAAGGUGAAACAUCUGUUUAAAACUAGUUUUAUCAAGAUUGUAAAGUUUACUCUUCAUAACCUGCACUUCCUGACAGACAAACAAUCAGGGAAAAGUGCUACUAUUAGCAUUGAUGGGGGGUUUUGGGUUGAAUUAUUUUAUUCCUUUGUGUUAAACCACUGUUUUCUAUCUUUACAUCAUUCCUUUCUGCUCUAAUGGUUUAAAAAUUGGGGGAAAUGAAAGUGUGCAGCUAUUAGUAACACUAGUUAUUUCAAAAAACCUUCAACAUUUACAGCUUUAAUUAUGCCACUUUAAUAAAACUGUUUUUUUCUUUGAUACCUGCAGUUUUGAAAACAAUUUGCACAUUGUUUCUUUGCCAAACAGAUUAAUGUACAUUUGUGUAAAUGGAUUGCAGAUUUUUCCAGCACAUACCAGCUCAUACUAAUGGCCAAAUUUAGCCUUUAUGAUUUUUUUUAAUGGUACAACUUCACUUAUUUUUAUCAUCUUUCCAAAUAUUGUACAGUUUUCUUUUGCAAAAUGCUAAAGAAAUGCUAAUUUUCUGUACAAAUUUAUGUUUUAUCUGAACGGUGCCUUGCAUUUACAUUUUGUUUUUCCUCAUAAAUGGGUUAUGAAUUUGAAAAAUGUUUCUUGAGGGAAUGUCACUCGUGUUUCAGAUGAUUUUUCUUGAGGUGUUUGUAAAAUGUGCUGCUGCUCGAGUUAAAACUUGUACAUGAAACUGUAAUAAGACUUGUAAAUAAAGCAAAGUGUCUGAACCGUUCUUGUAAUGAAAA